GGGCUGUUGCACACGAGGGGACUUGCUAUUUAAUUGGAGGCAUCUUACACUGUACCGUCAGAAGUCCUGUAUCCACCGACUAACAUGAAGUUCCUCAUCUGCGCUGUGCUUGUUGCUGUGGCUUUUGCUGCGCCACAGUACAACUACCAAGCGCCUGCUGCUACUUCCUCCUCGGAGGAAGACUCGAAUGAACGGGUGGUGGUCCACCAACAGCGGGACGACUCCGGAGAACGUGUGGCCAUCUUGAGGGACGAAAGAGUCAUGGAGGAAGACGGACGCUUCAACGUCGAGUUCGAAGCUGCAAAUGGCAUCCACUUCGCCAAAGCUGGCUCUCCUGAGACCGAAAAUGGUGCCAUCAUCCAGGCCGGACAGUACUCGUACACCGCUCCUGACGGUACAGAAGUUCUCGUGAAGUUUGUUGCCAAUGAAAAUGGAUACCAACCAGAGUCUGACCUCCUGCCAGUGGCUCCCGAGUUCCCCCACCCAAUUCCCCAGUUCGUCCUCGACCAGAUCGCCUUCGCAGAGGAACAACGCGCCCGUGGUAUCCGUUUCGAUGAUUCUGCGGAAGAGCCAUCCGCGUCCUACAGAGCCCCUCAGUAGUCGUUCAUCCGGCCAGAUAGAGAGAACUCCACCUGCAGCAUGAUAUUAUCCGAACUGUUUACAUCUUUCAUCUAUUUAUAUUUAUUAUAUUCAAGCAUAUGAAUUUGA